CGACAUCAGUACAGCGACCAAGCAGAAGACGGAGCAGACCGAGGCUAGACCACACGACGAGGCCAGAAGCGGAACAUCAUGGAGAGCGGCAAGAGUGGUAUGAUACAGCUGAACGACGGGCAUAGCAUUCCUGCGGUGGGACUGGGCGUGUACCUGGUGGAGGGACAGGACGGAAUCGAUGCGGUGGCCCAUGCACUGCGGGUCGGCUACCGGCACAUCGACACGGCGCAGCUGUACGGGAAUGAGGCCGAGGUGGCGGCAGGCAUUGCGGCGUCUGGGGUGCCGCGGGAGGAGGUGUUUAUCACCUCUAAGAUCUGGAACGACAACCAUGGAUACGACAAGGCGACGGCGUCGGUCCGCGAGAGCCUCCGCAAGCUCAACACCGAGUACAUCGACCUGAUGCUCAUCCACUCGCCGCUCUCCGAGCCCGAGUCCCGGAAGGAGACCUGGCGGGCGCUGAUCGACCUGCAGAAGGAGGGCGUGGUUCGGUCGAUUGGCGUCUCCAACUACGGCGUCCAUCAUCUCGACGAGCUGCUCGCGGCCUUUGACGUUGUGCCGGCAGUCAACCAGCUCGAGCUCCAUCCGUACUUGCAGCGGACCGAGCUUGUUGAGUACUGCAAGAGCAAGGGCAUUGUGCUGCAAGCGUACUCGCCGCUCUGCAAGGGCUUCAAGUUUGCCGAUCCGGACGCGGUUGCGCUCGCCGAGCCAUACGCCGAGUCGGGCAAGACGCUCGCACACUUGCUCCUCAAGUGGGGCCUGGACCAGGGCUACGUCGUCCUUCCGAAGUCGGUUACGCCGUCGCGGAUCGAGGCCAACAUCGAUCUCUUUGAUUUUGAGCUGCUUCAGGCGACCAAGGACGCGUUCGCAGCGGCCGACGAGGGCUUUGUGACGGGGUGGGACCCGACUGAGGAGCCAUAAGGUACUCUGGCCUAGCAUGUAUUAAAACACUACAUGGCGUUGUA